UGUAAGGUCGAAAAAAUCUUACAUCAAGUAUUUAUUUCUCUGAGUAGUUCAGAAUAAAAGAAUGGAAUAAUGGACUUGAAGUUUUCGCGAAGUGUAUUCCAGAUACACUAGAGCAGGAGGAAGCAGAGAGAGCACAGAUAUGAAUAUAGCACGAGCAGGUGCCGUUGAUAAAGUCCACAAAAGCAGAGAAAGAUAGCCGAGAGCAUUGAGCAUCGAAUGUCGAGUGUCGAGUGUCGAUCGUUGAAUACCCGCCUGACACCGCGUGGCACAGUCGCAAAUGCAGAUAGAGAACCCAGAUUCAAAGAGUGUCCAAAGUGUAUGUGCUGGACACAUGUGUGGCGACUGUGAUCAUCAGUGCACGGUCGUGGCCGCAAACAUAUGGCUGUCUACUGUCGUCUGUUAAUGACGCCGGCAACGAGUUAGAUAUGCGAUUGUCGAUCAAUUUCGAUGAAUGCGACGAGUAAUUAUGACUGAUUAUUCCCACAGGGAUUCACUCAAUGCUCUUGUUGUUGCUGUUGUUGGUGUUGUGCCGUAGAAUACACGGCAUCGAGAGUUCAUUUCAUUUCUCAGUCGAAGUCGGCAAUCAAGCGUGACCAGAUUUAAUUCCAGCUCGUAUGCAUAAAUAUUUGGACAGCGCCGUGGAAGCAGCUCAUUUGUUAUCAUGGAGUUCUUUGCGACAGGCGAAUUCCAGCAGCUCUACAGCCAACUGGAUGACUCGACCAUGCCAAUGGUUGCUGACGAUGGCGAUGGCGAUCUCUACGAUGCUUUUCCGCAACACCAACACCAACACCAACAGCAGCAGCAGCAGCCACAACAACUGUUGGAGCUGCCUUCGGCUAAUAAUCUGGAAUGUUGCUAUGCAGAUGUUAACUUUGGCAAUGGCUAUGAGCCGGGCGGCAUGGAUUACUAUGGCAUCAUAACACUCGAUAGCAACAACAAUCACAAUCACAAUCAACUCAACAACUGUGCGGAUGAUGCGCUCCUCUUCGACUUUAGCCACGAUCCGGAUGCAACGUUAGUGUCCAUUUCAUCAGCAUCUGCAUCUGUAUCUGCAUCUGCAUCUGCAUCUGCAUCGCCGCCAGAGCUCAGCGAUUGGGAGCAGCGACUGCUUGAUCAUUUUGUGGAAAUACCCGAACUAAUUGACAUACUUCCCGAGCGAACGCCGCUCUGCACGGACAUGUGCGACAGCUUCCUCCAGGAGAGCAACGACAAUCUGCGCCUGGCCACGCCCACUUCCCCAGCUGCGGAUACGCCUUCAUCGGCUGCCGCUGUGCCGCUGCAGCUCGGCCAGAAUGCCGCCGGGGAGAAGGGAUAUCUGUGCACCUUUGGCAGCUGCGAGAAACUCUACGCUAAGCCCGCCCACCUCAAGGCCCAUCUCCGUCGACAUCUCGGCGAGAAACCUUACGCCUGCAGUUGGCCCGACUGCAGUUGGCGCUUCUCCCGCUCCGAUGAAUUGGCCCGCCAUCGACGCUCUCACUCGGGUGUCAAGCCCUACAAGUGUGACUACUGCAACAAGUGUUUCGCCCGCUCCGAUCAUCUCACCAAGCAUCGCAAGGUUCACGAGCGGCGUCUCCUGGCUGUCACCAGAUCCGGCAAGCUCCUGCCCAACGGUUCGCUGCCCCAAAGUGUCUACGCCGUGCGUCCGGGUCGCAAGCGCAAGAAUCAGCUCUGACAACACAUCCAAAAGUGUGCUGUCCAAACUGUUACUGAAUCUUGUUUUGUGCCUAAAUGUGUAAUGAAAAAGCGAGGCUGCAAAUGAAUUGAAGGUGAAUAAAAUAUAUUAAAUUCAAUUACAAUUUAAAGCUAACUAAGUAACU